AUGUUAACUGUUUCUCCACUCAUCGUAAAGACUUCAUCAAGGGAUAGUUACAUGGCGGCAGAUUUCGCAGAUUUUACGACGGAAGACUUGCCGGACUUCACGACGGUCGUUGAUUUCUCCGACGAAGGAAGUCUUGAUAUUUUUGAAGGAAUCGAUUACUACGACGAUCUUUUCAUUGGAUUCGAUGGAGAUGAUGUGUUGCCGGAUUUGGAGAUGGAUUCUGAGAUUCUCGGGGAAUAUUCCGGCAGCGGAAGAGAUGAGGAGCAAGAGGGAAACACUUCGACGGCGUCGGAGACAUCGGAGAGACACGGUGGUGGUGCGUUAAAACAUGACGGUGAUGGUAAGGAUAAAACGGUGCGUAGAGGCAAACGUAAAGCGAAGAGAAAUAAAGACUGUUUAUCCGAUGAUAACGAAAUUAAGAAGAAACCAAAGGUUGAUUGGACGCCGGAGUUACACCGGAAAUUCGUACAGGCGGUGGAGCAAUUAGGAGUAGACAAGGCGGUGCCAUCAAGGAUUUUGGAAAUUAUGGACGUUAAAUCUCUAACUCGUCACAACGUUGCUAGCCAUCUCCAGAAAUAUAGGUCACAUCGGAAGCAUUUGCUAGCACGUGAAGCAGAAGCUGCCAGCUGGAAUCUCCGGCGGCACGCGACGGUGGCAGUAGCCGGAGGAGGAGGAGGGAAGAAACCGUGGAUGGCUCCUACCUUAGGCUAUCCUCCACACGUGCCACCAAUGCAUCACGGCCAUUUUAGGCCUUUGCACGUGUGGGGUCAUCCUACUUGGCCUAAACACAAGCCUAAUAAUACGCCACCGUCUACUCAUCGGACGUUUCCAGUCCCGGCUGUGGCUCCGGCUCCGUCGUCUUGGCCAGCUCAUCCGCCGUAUUGGCACCAACAACCUCUCUAUCCACAGGGAUAUGGAAUAGCAUCAACGAAUCAUUCGAUCAUCGGUGUUCCCACAAGACAAUUAGGCCCUACCACUACUCCUCCUAUCGACAUUCAUCCCUCGAAUGAAAGUAUAGACGCCGCUAUUGGAGACGUUAUAACAAAGCCGUGGCUACCGCUUCCUUUAGGACUGAAACCGCCGUCAGUUGACGGCGUUAUGACGGAGUUACAACGUCAAGGCAUUUCUAAUGUUCCUCCUCUUCCUUGA